UAGAGGCGUGUCUAUUGUGAAAUGACGUAGAAGAAUUCACGUGAAGUUUACUGUAUUGAGUGAAUAUAAUACUUCAGGUGAGCUUCAGUGUUGACAUACGAAAACAAACUACAGUUAAACAUGGGUUGUGGAUCCGCAAUUGGAAAAGCAUUUCUUGUGACAGUGAAUACUAUAUUCACGAUUCUAGGCCUUGUGUUGCUGAUCAUAGGAUGCAUAGUCAAAUUCAAUAAAGAGCUUGUGACGAAAUAUGCCGACGAACUUUUCAAGGUCAUAAAGCUUGAAUCCGCGAACCUUAAUCUUGACGAACUUCUGUCAUCAUCAGCCGUCGUCUUCAUCAUCGUAGGUGUCGUCAUUCUCAUCGUUGGAGUCCUUGGAUGUCUUGGAGCCUGCUGCGGAUGGAGAGCAUUCCUUGUCAUCUAUGCUAUCAUCGUGUUCCUGGUUCUUAUUGCUGAAAUUGCCGGAGUAGUGCUGGCGGCUUUCAUGAAAAAGGACGUUGAAAAAGUAGUGAAGGACGGUUUAAAGAAAUCAAUUACUGAAUUUUAUAAAGGUGAUGAGUUUCAGGAGCCUGUUACGCUAGCCUGGAAUAGCAUAUUUAUUGAGUUUGAUUGUUGUGGAGUGGAUAAUUACAUGGACUUUGACAACGCCACCAACUGGAAUAAAACAUUCAAAGGACAACCUUUAAAUCUUGUGACUCCCGUUAGCUGUUGUAACACAAUUACAGGCGAAUUUCCAGCCCUAAACUACCCCACCAGUACAAACUGUGCUACAAACCCACAAGAUGCUGAUAGCAACUGGAAAAAGGGAUGUUAUUCAGCCAUUGAAGACUUCAUUAACAAGUACAGCAACAUAUUCAUAGGCAUUGGAGCCGUGGUAGCUGUAUUUGAGAUUCUGUGUAUUGUUUUCGCCAUCUGCGUGUGUAGGAGUGUGGAGGAAGGAGAGAAAAUGGUGUAGCUGUCGAUAACCUAGGGGACCCUGGUUAGGGGAGAUCACUGCUGAUGGAACUGUAACUCUACAAUGCAUAACCAAAGUGUUUUAACUGAGUUCUCCCAUGAUACCACCUGCUACGUACAUUCUGUGUAAAGGACAAUCUUAUCAAUUGUAUUGUAGAUUUCAUAGACAGUAGUAGCUUACAUAUGCAUAGAAAAUUUGCAUAGUAUUAAUAAGUCCAUGCUUUAAAAUAGUGAUUGUUCAACGUUUCCCUAUAUAUUUUAAGAUUAGAUCUGCGGGGAAAAUUGAAAUAACCGGUGCUUCUAUGAGCCUGUGGCUUAUUCAUAAUCUCAUAUUUGGGGUGAGGGGUGGAGGGGCGGAUUUAAGAACUUUCAAAAUGUGUUUACACUUCAUAUCGCCAUUUUCAGGCUGUACAUAUCAGUCUUUGUAUAUAUAUAUAUAUAUUUCCAUUUAUCAUUAGAAAUCUGCGUAUGACGUCUAAAUUUCCGUUUGCCAGAUACGGAAAUUUGCCGAUCGUAGACAAUGUUUCAUGUAAUCACAAGAUUGAAUUACCAUAAAUCCAGAUAGAUUAAGAUUUACGUUGGGAAAGUUGUUCAGAAAAUAUUUUUUGUAUUAAGGUAGCUCUCUCUCAUGUGACUGCUUUAUUGUGGGUUCAAACUAGAAAAAAUGAAAUAAUUUCCACUAAAUAUAGAUUAAUUUAAUUAAUAACCAAAGAAAAUGUAUAUGUUUCUUUUUAAAGAUUUCAGACAUACUUAUCAAUAUCAGAAAAACGCAAUAUUUCAUUAAACAGCAUAAUAAAAACUGGUUAAAAUGCCAAAAAUUUUGACAGUUUCAAAAAGACUACUACUUUAUAAUGUAUAUACAUUAAUUGUGGAUAUCUAGGAAAUCUUUUUAUAAUAGACAUACAAUGGAGAAAAUACCAGCAUGGGAGUUAUUGCCCUUGAUAAUGUUUUAAAAUAUCUAUAUUAAUUCCUACAAAAGAUAUAUUUAUAACAUGGACAAAGUUUAAUGAAUUAAAUAUUUUUGCAAAACGCCUAUAACGUCAUAUGAGGAUAGUUACCUUAAGACAUUUGUGAAAUAUAUAAAAUUCAUUCAUAAGGCACAAUCACGUUCACUUAGUCUGUUUUCUGUUGCUUUUAGUGAAAUCCAAAUGUUUUACACAUGCAAUUAAUUUCGAUGUAUUUUUUCUGUUCAUAUAUUUUAAUAAGCUAGUAAAAUAUAGUUUGUG